GUUUUGUUCCUUCCGAGAAAAACUAAAGUAAUAACAUAAGUUAGGAAUAAAUGUAAAAUCCGAAAACUCGAGCGUUGGCCAGUACGAUCUUAACUCUCGAAGAGCGCACAAGCCACAUAGUUAUAUCAAUCGCUGUUUGUUAUAAAUUCAGAACAAAAUGCCCGGCCAAUCGAAAUUGCCGGACCUAGAAAAUAUAUGUGGCGAAAACCAGUCGCAAAAUUUAACCGUGCCGCCUCGAGCGCAAUACGGGAAGGAAUCGCAACGUAGAGAACUGGCACACGAGGUGAUAGGAAAUCUCUUUAGAGGACGGGCCAGGAUCCGAAGGGCUCUUCGGCGACCGGGCCGUCUCAACCAAGCCAACCAAGAGGUGUUCCACGACGCAGACGCAAUAUUAAAUCAAGCCCUGCUUGAGGAGCUCGAAGCACCUCCUCAAGAAUUUCCUGACGGAGGUCGAGGGCGACCCCUCGCCAAUUCCCCACCAGUAGGGCGAGCCAGAAUCAUGGCUCAACUCGUCGAAAUGGGACGGCAAAUGAGGAUGGCUGGUCGAGGACAUGGUGCUCCCAUCCAACACAA